GUGAACGCAGCAUGCGGAUAACUGCGCAGUUCAGGGACCAAGUGCUCAAGUAAGUGCCAGUUACCUGUUACUGCUCACCAAAAACUUGAGUUCCUCUACUCAGUUGUUACCUGUCAACUUUCCCUCUGCCUCUCUGCUCAGAUGUCUACUGCGCUGAGUCUGCGUCUGCUCCACUGCUACUCAAAGCCAGGAACCUUUGGACAUGGUCCUGUACUUGUGCGGCCUUUCGGUCUCAGCGUGCAGAGAGAGGGAUAUAAGUAUGUAAAUGCUCAGGAGCAGCUGACAGAUCUGAGGUCCAUCACUGACCGGGCUGCCACAACUCUCCUAUGGACCGAACUCUUUAGAGGUUUGGGAAUGACCAUGAGUUACCUGUUCCGUGAGCCCGCUACCAUCAACUACCCAUUUGAGAAGGGGCCUCUCUCCCCCCGAUUCCGUGGAGAGCACGCUCUCCGCCGCUACCCGAAUGGAGAGGAACGCUGCAUUGCCUGUAAGCUUUGUGAGGCCAUCUGCCCUGCUCAGGCCAUUACCAUUGAGGCUGAGACUCGGGCCGAUGGCAGCAGGAGAACUACACGCUAUGACAUUGAUAUGACCAAGUGUAUCUACUGUGGCUUCUGCCAGGAAGCCUGUCCUGUUGAUGCCAUUGUUGAGGGUCCAAACUUUGAGUUCUCCACAGAGACACACGAGGAGCUGCUGUACAAUAAAGAGAAGCUGCUCAACAAUGGAGACCGAUGGGAGGCUGAGAUAGCAGCCAACAUACAAGCGGACUACCUGUACAGAUAAACUGACCCUGGUAUCUGUGCACUGCCCGCAAAGAUGUGUCAGACAUGAAAAUGAUACAUCUAAUAAUCCUACUAUGCAUUUCAGAGAUUAAUUGUAGCUUUAUAUUUAUCCAUACAAGCAGUGAAGCCCUGCAACCUCAUAUUAUGUAGUCAGAAAGGAGAAAAACCAACAAACACGCACAAUCAUAUAUCUUGUGUUGAUAUUGUACUUUAUGAUGUUGACUUUAUAAUCUCUAACCCAUAGCCAAUGCACAAUCUGUGAUAAAUGAUUUCCUGCUGCACUUUAAAAGCAUGUUGUAUCUGAUUUAAUAGCCACAAGAUUUCUUAAACAGUAUAUUUAUGUAAUUUUGCU